AUGCCGCAGCCUCUGCCGCAGGAGUUUCUUGAGGAUGCCCUUGCCACCUGGGAACGGCUGCGGCAAUGGACCGAUCUUAACAAUUACCUCUGCGCGCUCCGCCGCUCACCGUUUCACCGCCAGUUGCAGUCGGGGCGGGAUCCGUACUCGCUGCGCCUGGCGCGUCGGGUAACGGAGGUGGUGGAGAGCCUGGCAGCCCGUGCGGAUAUGGCUGUAGAGGAAGAUGUCACGCCGCGCGGGGCACUGUUGGCGCUGGCCAAGGAUGUGCGCCUGGCUCUUUCGCCCCUGCCCGGGUCGCAGCCUUCGGAGUUGGGGCCGACACCAGCAGCGGCAGCGGACACGCAAUUGCCCUCCUCCGCCUUCGGCCCGGCAACUAAGGCGGCAGCUGCGGCCACGCAAACCCUUGGCGCCGUUGCUUCUGCAGGCGGUUUUCCCUCUGACGCUUGGAGUGUGUCUGUCGUGCACCGAUCCGUCUCUGGCACGAUGGUCAUGGAGGGACUGCAUGUACUCACGUGCCCGGGUGUGCAGCUGCGCAUCGAGGCGGCGGUUGCGCGGCUGCGGGAGCGGGUCAAGGAGGAGUUGGUGGGUGGGGUCAAUUGGGACGCGUUUCCCCACACACCCAAGGAGCUGCAGGCGUUGCGGGCCACCACAAUGCUCCUAGACGACUUUGAGGCGUCUUACCGUCGUCUGCUUUGCACAUUUCCGUGCGUGCGGGCCAUGGGCUCGCCACACGUCCCGGUGGCGCUACUGCCGGUGUUGUACGAACAGUACUACCAGCUGGGGGAGUGGGUGCUGGAGACGGAGUUCACCGCACGGGCGAGUCCCGGCGCGCGGGUGCAAUCGUUUGAGCAAAGAAAGCUGCAGUUCACGUUGCUGCGCCCGGAUAGAAACUCGGCGUGGGGGUUGCAAUUUAACCACAACGGGAAAUUGACGGGGGUGAGUGCGGUGGUGCGGGCGGCAACCGGUGCGGGAGAGAAGCUGCAUCAGUUCAUGCACGCGAGUAAGGGCGGGCUUUCGCUGCUCUCGUGUAAUUUAAAGCCGGCGGAUUUCAAUAACCUGGACGGGGUCCAGGCGACCGCGAAGCUGGAGGCACUGACCCCGAAGCAGAAGCGCCUGUUCGUGAGGAUGCAGCUGGUCUCCGACAGUGCGCCGGCCGUGGAGCAGCUAGCCUUUCAUGCCACUGGGACAGAAAACUCCUCCUCCUCCUCCUCCCCGCUGCCGCCGCCGCCGCAGCAGCAGCAGCAGCGAGGGCCACAGGAGUUGCCCGUCGCGACGCUGGUGCUCCACCGCGACAACUACAGCGUCUCGUGGGAUGUGGCCAUCACCCGUGAACUCCUUGUUGUGAGUGUCCCUGACGGCAUUCUAUCACCGGCGGCCGUGGCGUUUUUUGCGCGUCACCCCAGGCGGGUGCGCAUCGCCGGGAUAAACGGCGUGGAGGUGACGAACCCGGCCCAACUGGAGGCGCUGAGUUCGACGAUCAACACAAUUGUGAUCGACCUGCAGAUCAUCCCACCACCGUCGUCAUCGACGUCGGACGGGGGGCAGCAGGCGGACGCAGCGCCACCAGCAGCGGUGGAGAUAAACGGCAGUGAGAGAGAACAGCUGCGGGGCAGCGGGGCACCAGCGCCUGUAGAUGGCGCCGUCCCCAAGCGUGCCAAGAGACAGCCGCCCGCGGCCUCCAAAGAGGCGGCUACGGCCCCAACGAAGAAUCCGCCUUUGGGCAACGAAGAAGGCAAGCAGCGGAGGCGGGGUUCUGGUCUGCAGGAGCAAACGCGGAAAACACCCCUGCGAGAGGCAAGUCCCGCGGGUCCGCCAGGGAAAGUAGGGCCGGCCGCGACUCUGGCGUCUUCUGCGCAGGACUGUGCGUCCCCCACUCCGUCACUUCCCUCGAGAGGCGAGGCGUUGGAGAGGGAGGAGGGACGCGAGGAGGCUGUGCCGAAGCCUCUGGCGGAGGCUGUGCUGCGCGACGUGGAUCGCUUCGCCCUGUCGGAGAAGCCACUUGUGUCCAUCCCGUCGAGGGAGCUAAAAACAACAACUGCGGCGCCUCUCCCACGCCUGACGGAGGAGCAGGAGGAGCAGAAGGAGGAGGUUGGCGCGGCCGACGCCCCUGCUGGAGGUCGUCUCAACGGGAGUCACGUGCCCAACAGCACGCCCGUCGCUGCCUUGUUCUCGGAGGAAUUCACCCCCUCCUUGGAUCUCGAUGGGCCGGAGGAGCCUGCGCCAGCGGCCGAGGCUGAGGCUGAGGGUGCGAGACUGCCUCUGACGCCGUCAGCGUCGCACGAGCAGGAGCAACAACAGCGGCGGCAGCCGCCUGCCGAGCUGCCUGGCGGCGGCGCAGCUGCCGCCGUGGCUCCACUCAAGUUCCCAAAUGACGUGACACUAAAUCUGCUCACACUCGAUGAGAUGGUCCUCAGCCGCCAGUCGGCCGCGAAGAAGUGGGGUCUUUCAAUGGAGAAGGUGGGAACGGAGUCGGGCCGAACGAUUCGGGUGGUUGGGCUGCCGCUUAUCAUGGAUCCGCGGCGUCGGCAGCAUCCCUUUCACAGGCUGUUUACCUCUCGGAAAGGGGAUUGGAUCAUCAUGAGCGUCAAUGGCACCCCCGCCACACGGCUGCCUGAGGUGAUGGAUAUAAUGAAGCACGCACUGCACAUGCAGAUUAAAUUUCACAGAAGGUGGUGA